AUGACUUUGGGAACGUAUAAUAGGCACCAAGCUCAGAAGAAAAAGCAAGCGGCUUUGGCAGCAGCUUUUCCUCAAGGUAUACGCUGCCAGAAGUGUCUGGAAUAUGGUCACUGGAGCUACGAGUGCACUGGGAAGCGUAAGAUUCUGGUGCGCCCGUCUCGCACACAGGUCCUAAAAAAGAACCUAAAAGCUCGUGAUGAAGGUUCUUGCAGCAACGGGAGUUGCAAAAUACCAAACAAAAAGAAACGCACUGAAACUGAUGAUUGUGCAGACUGCUCUGAGAAUAGUUCAUCAGACAGCGGAUCAGACUCUUCAUCAGAUGAUUCGGGCUCCGAUUCUGAUAGCAGUAGCAGCAGUGACUCUGAGAGUGACAGCAACAGCAGCAGUGGCUCCGAGGAAUCAAGUUCAGACUAA